AAAAAAUGGGCGAGGCUGAAAGAGUUAAUCAGAUGCGUGUUGAUCUUCCUCUGUUUGCCAGACCUGAGACCUUUCCCUAGGCUGUGACAGUGCUGUACUCUGCGUAUAUGGGGAUGACUGAAUUCUGGCAUGUUUAAGAAUAAAUUAUAAAAUGACCAUGCUGAUGUGCUUCGCACGGGGAGGAUGUGAUCUGCAAGAUGUGACUGAGGAAAGCCGCAGAUGAAUUUCAAUAAGCAUCUCAGGUGCUCUGCAGUAAAUUAAGAAGUUACACAGUGGCUCCCCCAUCUGGCCACUGGGACGCCACAGCAGUGUGGACAUCAAUCUGAGCCACAGCACUAAAUGACAUGUCUCACUUGACUACAAGGAGCUGAGGGGUAAGUGGGAGGCUGAAUUCACAAGACUUCCUGAAAUCAAUUCUAUGGAGGUCAGAGGUCACCUGAUCACUGCCAUGGGGUUAGGCACAGAUGUCCAAGGCUGUCAGGACAGCAAACUGCAAGCAGAGCGAAUUUCAGAGCUGCAGGAGCGAAAACAGAGCCUGCAGAGUCUUUUAAACAGCCGCCUCAGUGAACUGCGACAAGUUUGUCUUCAUGAAGCGGAGCUCACAGGGAAGCUACCGCGUGAUUUUCCUCUAGAAGCAGGGGAAAGAGCUCCCUUCAUUCAGCGCCGAGCAGGUCUGGCUCCAUACGUGACUUCCAAAGGAGAGGAUGACUCAGGCCAGCGAAGGCAGAUGAAGGCUCUGUUCAGUGGUGCCCUGCGCCGGAGCAUUGAAUCUGACAAAAACAUGUUGCACAGUAAGAGGACAGUUCACCGGGGAUGCCACACAGAGGAAACUGUGAAGUCAGAGAGCAGUUCGAUGUCAGACUCGACAUCUCAUGACAAUGAGGACUCUUCUCCAAGUGUGGCACCUGAGCAUCGCUCCUUGUCUCAUCCCCGGCUGACCCCAAGCAGUCCUGACAGCCGGCUCUGUAGGAAGCUCUCCCCUGUGGAAAUCUACUAUGAGAUGAGAACUCGUCGUAACUCUGCCUCAAGCUCUGUUAGCCCAAGUCACUCGCUCCCAAGAAGUGCAUCCAAUGUGGAGGGCAGAAGUGUUCCAGCUACGCCCCUACUGUCCCGCACAGCACCAGUCACCGUCCACAUGAGGCCAGAGAUAUCAGGUGGUAUUGCGCUGAAGCAGUGGUGUGGCAGUCCGGAUGUUCCUCAGUUUGUACCGCUAGCAUCUUUAGAGGGCUCCUCCUCUGAUCGCCGCAGCUGCCCUUACAGCUCCCGUGCUCGCCGCAGCAACAGCUCCGAGGCGCUGCUUGACCGUUCAAGCCUCCCCGAACCUGGACCUCCCCGCAAUGGUAUGCCACUCCGAGCUGGCCCAUACAAGAGCUCCGAGUCCCUCACAGAUGGGAAACUCCGUCAGAUCUAUCAAAGCAGUCCGGAGAGGCACAUGAUGGCAUUUAAAGAGCAGGGUAAAAUACGCUCCUCUCUUGGUGGCCAAAGCAGUGGCACAGGCUAUAAUGAAAUUUUGAUGGACUACAUUUGGGGAAAGCAACAACAAAAGAGGCCAGUACCGCCUCAACAGAAUCAGUCAGCGGGGCGAAUCUGGCCAGAUAUCUCCACUCCUCCAUCGGGUACCCCUCCUCACUACAAUGGUUUUUCCCACUCGCAGUUACACCUGGCUGGAGCGGCGUCUACUUAUAGCCCCAUGCUGAUGCGGGGCCAAGACGCCGAACCGCGUCGGGUCAAAGUGACACGGACAAAAUCUUGCGGACCCUUUAUCCCUUUACAGCAGCAACAGGACGGCGUGUUGUUCUCGGCUUACGAUCUUUCACAUCCCUUGUCUGGAUCCACCACCUCUUCCAUUCCCAACCUGUUGCCCCACCACACAGAGCUGUCCGCUGCGGCGGCUUUCGGCCGCAGACCCCCGCAGUUCUCCCUGCCCACCCCUGAGGACUCCACCCGCAGUCUACACAAAGCACUUGCUCUUGAGGGGCUUAGGGAUUGGUAUCUGAGGAAUGCCCUGGGUUACUCCACUACCACUAAAGGUCAUGAUGGACUUUCCAUGCGGCAUUCACAUACUCACCACCACCUGGUGCACCAGCCGCAGUCCGUUGCAGCCGACCCACUGUAUUCACACCGCCAAAUACCUCAGUCAGCGUCAUUUCAUGGGCAUCCUUUGCAUGCAAGGUCUGUGGAGCUCUCUCUCUAUCCAGAACCUUUCCCCUCUGACGGGAACACUCAGAAGGAGUCGGGCUCUGAGCCUCCUUCACCCGGAACGCUGGUCUGACCGGCAGCCGGUUUACCCCAGCGCCUCUAAUGCAUAUUGCAAGAUAAUUUGCAACAUGACACUUUGUUUAGGGAUGCACCGGUCCAAUACUGUGCUCAUAUACCUAUCUUUAAAAUGCAAAAACCUAUCCCAUGGAUCUUAUGUGCAUUAUUUGUAGCAUUAUGUUAAACAAAGUUAUCGCCUGGAUUACACAAUUACAAGAUCUGUUACACCCAGAAAUGCUCAGCACCAAC